CACGAUAUCUCAUAUUCGUAGGUACAUUUCGGAUAUCGGGGCUCAUCAACUCCAGCCCCUCUUCAUUGCUAUGGGAACGACCACUGUCGUGGCCUUCACAACCGUCUUCGUGACAGAGCGCUGGCUACGACACCGAGGGACAAUCGCUCGAAACACUUCCUGGUUUCAGAAACUUCUCAGUACUCUUGCAAUCGUGUUUGCUGUAAUUGGUAUGAUUGGUUUAAUCAUUCUUAUUUGCAAAAACAACAUUCACAACUCUACAACUCACGAUGCAUGUCUCGUUGUUUUCAUUGCUGGAUAUAUCGUCUCCGCUAUCUUCGUCUGCGUGGAAUAUCAACGUCUCGGGAUUCAUUAUCGCGAACACCGUAUUCUUCGGGUAUCUUUUUGGAUAAAACUUGUUUUCAUAUUCGUGGAGUUGGGACUGGCAAUCGCAUUUGGGGUCCUUAACCAUCAGAAAAAGUACAAUCCAGCUGCCGUUUGUGAAUGGUUCCUCUCCUUCAUUUACACGUUCAAUGUCUGGAGCUACGCCAUCGAUUUCAUUCCAGCAGUCAGACGGCAGCACUACGCUAGUAAAUAGACCGAAUUCUAUGUGGCCGACGGUACGGACGCCGAUUCGAGGAUCAGACGAUGCUCAAGUGGUGUAAUGGAGGGACAGUGUGCCUAAGGUUCAACCGGUGUUACUCGUGGUCCAAAUCCGAAGUAUUCGGUUGUGAUUUUCUAUGGACGGACACCGCUUCAGUCGAUGUAUAUCGUCGAGACUCUCACGACGUCAACGGGAUCCAAAAGAACCGCGAUGGGCAACCUUACCUCCGCCGUUGCAAGCACCAUCAUCCAAAACGCAUCCGGCCCAGCCUUCCACGAUAUUGGCUAUUACUUCUACAUCUUCCUCGCAUUCUGGGAUCUCAUUGAUCUCGACUUUAUGUGCAUUUCUUGUUUCCUGAGACAAAAGAACGUACCCCGGAGGAGUUGGCUGAGGUCUUUGAAGUAAUACUCCGGUCGCUAAGAGCUUGGAGAAGCGCGGUACAGCCGCAACAUUGGAUGCGACUGGGGCUGAGACUCAUAUCGUGGCAUGCGAAAGAAGGCUGGGAAGUUUGAUUUGUGGGAAUUAUUCGAGUAGUAUAUUUGUGUCCGCUAAAGGUACUGCGAGCUAUUCUACAGACAUGCUCGAAGCAGGUCGAGGAGUAGCAAAUACAGUCGUCGAAUUAACCACUUU